GCUCGGCGCCAGUACACCCAGCAACCAGGAGGCGCAGUGCUCGCUGCCCGGCGGGGGCUGCUUCAGCCCCAGGUCCAGCUUCCCAGAGCCGCGCUCCCCAGCCAGGCGGCCACUCCUGCGGUGCGGAUCCCAGCGCCGGGGGAGGGGAAGCGAAGAGGCCUCGCCAAGGGGCAGCGGCGAGCCUCGGAGACCUCGACCACAUCACAACACCCACAUGGUCACCAGAGUGUGCGCGGCCUACGAGGUGCACGAUGGCACGUGUGACCAGUGCGAACCCGACCAGGCUCCGCGGGCCGACGAAGUGUGCCGAGAAUGCGGCUUCUACUACUGCACCCGCCACGCCGACGAGCACAAGUGGAGGUUCCCCAGUCACCACCUGGUCAAGAACAUGCAGGGCCUCCAGGCCAGGACCUCGCGAGCCGGCGGGGAGAGGCCCGGGAAGGAAGAGAUCACGGUCAAGGUGGAGCCGCCGCGGCAGGAGCUAGAAAGCGCCUUGGAGGACAGUGACUCGGAAGGAGGGAGCGAGACCGGUGAGGAGAGUGAAGAGGAGGACAGUGAGCCAGAAAGCGAGAUGAUGGAAGAAGACAUCCAAGGAAGGUGCAUGUCGGAAAGAGAAACUAAGGCAGAAAGCAAAUUCGACCCAAAAAGAGCACUGGAAGAAAAGAGAACAUCCAAGAGGAAGUAUGCAGACCCAGGGCUUGAUUUGAGCCCCUACUCCCAGAAAGACAGGCCCAUCAUCUGUGUCCUUGGGACUCAGCAGGGUCACCAGCUUUACACCUUAGAUGAAGCCUUUGAAGAACUAAUAAGCAAAGACUCCACUAGAGUGAAGGCAGCCAUUAUAGAGUUGGUGGAAAAGUUAAAGCUCAAGAGUUCAGAUCCUAAAGUAACUCAGAAAGAGAUAAAGGAGUUCAUACAAAAAGAAUUUAAGAAAGUUCAGCAAGUGCUGGCUGAUGAGGAGCAUAAAGCUGUUCAUCUAGUGGAUAUCCAGGAAGAAAUGGACAGAGAUCAUCUAACUGAGAUACUGGCAGACCUUCAGUCCCGAAUGGAUAAGCCGAGGACUCAGAUGCCCCAGGCCAAGGAACAACUGGGUACCUCUAACAAAUCAGCUAAGCCAAGGGCAGGGUGUGCUUAGGAAGGGGACCCAGUAGUGCCAGGGAAUAAGAGAGCACAUGAAGGCUUGCCAUCAGAGUGGAAAACAACCCCUUCCCUUGUGUAUAUGUAACGGCUUCUGACUUCUCUGAAGCCUGCCCAGCAACAAAUGUACUCCCACAGGAUAUACCUCUAGAUCCACAGCAGGCACAUAUGUCUCCAAGGAAUGACCAGUUUUAUGCUUACUAUGUACUUCUCAUUCUCUUGUUGCAAUAAGUCAAAGAAACCUCUUUGAUCAACCAGGAGCAACUAAGAAGGGCCCUUCAGGUAUCCCCUCAAUGGCUGCUUUGAACUUACUCAGGAAAGCGAGCCCCUAUAAUGUUGUGUAAGUCAACAGUAAUACUUCAUUAGUGAUCUGAACUAAUCAUGAAAGGAAGUUAGAGGGUUUUUGCCUACCUGCAAACAAAAACUCUACUUUGUUCACUCUGAAGCAUGAAACAAACAAGACAAAGUAGGGCUUUACUGACUCAUGUCCACAGUCUCCAAUAGUCCAGUUCUACCUUUGUGAAAAUGUGAUGCCGUGAAUUAGGAUGGAUGACCUGAAAAUGAAAUUGGAGAAAGAGUUAAAAGCUAAAAAAAAAAAAAAAAAAAAAAAAAAAAAAAAAAAAAAAAAGAUACUUUUAGCAUAUGAGGUCAUUCAGGACUUCAGAUUCAUAAUUCAGUGCUGUGGAAAUGAAAAAAAAACAAUGAAGAGGUGGUGCAAAGGAAAUGAUCUGGUGGAGUGCAGAAAAGACGAUCAAAGAAACCUGAUUAAAAGUUGAAAUUUUUUAAAAAAAUGACAUCUUCAGGAAAUAACAAGUAAUUCAUUAUACUCACCUGGAUAAUAAUUUUGUCAGCAGAGACUGUCAACUGCAAACUUUCUUAAUAAACCAGAACAAUAUCCCAUUAAAUCAAGCAGAGACUUACUGCAUCCAGGGAGGCCACUUACUACCUCAACAUCAUCCUAGUUGCAUCUUGCAGGAGAGAAGAGGAUUUGAAAAACACUGUUUUUAAGACUGUCGGACCUACUUUAAGGCAUGCCAUGACUUUCAUUGGUGUGAUCUGCUUGGUACUGAACCAAGUUUAUAAUAUAAUAAGACUAAUGGACACAGUAAGGGCAGGAUUUGGAAGAGUCUUUGAGGAGUAAACCAUCAUUUUAUGAACUCAGCUGCAAGAUCUAUUGUUCUGAGAGGAGGUUAUUUACUUAAUGAGAACAAAUAGAUUUUAAAGACAAACUCAGGAGGUUCUGAAAUAAAUGAUAGUUACUUGCAGCUUCAUCUUUCUGGGAAGAAUUUCUGUGAUAAUAAAGUCAAGUUAACACCGAGGUUGAAAGUAAAAUCACCUUAAUGUGGACAGUAGACUGGGUACAGAUGGCUUCACGUGUCAACAACAGAUGAUGUUUGAAAUAAAAUGUGAGAAUGAAUAUUGA